UCUCGUAAAAUCGAUGCGUCUACCACUAACACCAGUUUUUCUCUUGUUCUUCGUUUGCCUGUCUUUCCAACAAGGCAAGACCGAAGAGAAUGUGCUGUACUCAGAAACGACUGUACCCGACAAAUACAUAUUUUUUUUUGGGACGCUCAUAAUAUUCGCCAUCUUACAUUAUUUCAUCUUGACUUGGCAGAUUGUUGUCCCGACCGCCAUCUUUGCUAUAAUACUAGGGUUAUUAUGGGGAGUUGGAAGUAUAUACUACGACUGGAUGCACAAUGCGAGCCUCAUUAACCGGCUCGCAGUUAACUACAUGCCGGAGUUUUAUUUGCCGGUGAUACUCUUCGCGACAGCUUUCUGCUCGGACAUUCGCGCAUUUCUGAAAUGUUUACCACAAAUUUUGAUCAUUUCAAUACCAGUUGGAAUCAUGGCUCUCGCGCCCACCGCACUCUUGAUGCGACAGGUGUUGGACUGGGACUUUGCCCAUGCUUUUCUUUUGGGCGGGAUGUUCCUUCCUAUCUAUCCAAUGGAUGUGGUGCGAUUUCUUAAAGAAACAUCUGUGCAUACAAAAUACGUAUCGAUUUUGUUGCAAGGAGAAGCUCUUAUAACGAUCUCAGUCGCUAUGGUAAUGUUUAAUAUCAUACGUUUCUACAUCACCGGAUUCGUCGUUCAUUGGUAUCAAUUCGCGAUGUGCCCCAUCCGUAUGAUCGGCAUAGGCAUUCCACUGGGCUGCUUCUUUGGAAAAUUAAGUACCAUCUUCAUGAAACUCACUUACAACGACGUCUCUGAACUUAUUAUGCUCAGUUUCAUCGCAUGUUAUUUGAGUUUUUAUGUAGGUGACUACAUGGGCAAAGCCGGAGUUGUUACUUGCAUCAUAACCGGGAUCAUGAUGGGCAAAGAACGUCCAACUCUCACCAAAGAGGUCGAGGACGCUCUCUUAAGCUUUUGGAAGUUGCUCAGUCUUCUCAACAAUUGCGCAAUCUACAUCGCUAUCGGACUCCUAAUUCCACCGCUCGUCUAUGGUUCGCAGCUCAGCGUCAACAAGUAUUUCAUAGUUUUCGUCACCUACCUGAUGGCCAGCAUUUGGAGAUUUUGCUCCAUGUUUUUGUUUUCCCCGAUCCUGAGCAGGCUCGGUUAUGGAAUAUCCUUUAAAGGGCUGAUCGUUCUCGCUUGGGGAGGAAUCAAAAGUCCUCUCGUAACAUUUUUCGUUACGUAUGUGACCACAAUAUUAGGACAAAGUGAAAAGACGGACUUGCUCUUCGUACACACUAUUGGCGUCUAUAUUUUGAUGUUGCUCGUUAAUGCAAGUUUUGUUCCAAUCCUGUUCAAAACCCUCGGAUUGUCAGAUGUGUCGGUCGCGAAGCAGAUAAGCAUGGGAAACUGCAUGAAGUACAUACACGAAACCAGAUCAAAGGUUGUAGCCAUCUUAAAAAUGGAUAGAUUGCUCUCCGAUGCUAACUGGCCGCUCGUGAUGAACUCCACUAACUUGAAGCACCCGUACCAAAAGGUAUACCAAACGAAGGCUGCCGAGGAAGACGAGGAAGAAGACGAAGAUUUUUUCUUAAGAUACAAAUUCACCUAUUGCCCCGACUGCCAAAAACACAUACUGAACGAACCUUCAAAGAAAGAGAUGAAGGAAAUGAUGAAAGAAGCGAAGCUGCGUCUGUUGAAACAGAAAAAAGCGGUCUACUCGAGGCAGUACGAAAACGGAAUGAUUUCGAAGCAUGCCUCUAGAAUUUUUCAGCAAGCUGUGGAAGUUGCCAUGGACAGCGAAGAAUUAGCUAUCGAACUAGAUGGUCUCUUCCAACUCUUCGCUUCGGAGGAUCGUUUGCAUACGUUUGUACAAAAACGGCUGCAGGGGUUAGUACGAACUCGAGCGGAGAUUCUGCAUCCUCCACAAAACAAACUAAAAUUGUUUUGCUAUCGUAUAGUUCGUAAUCUUGGCUUUUGUGUUUUUAUGUAUACAGUGGUUUUACUCAAUAUGAUACAGGCUUCAACUAAUGCUGACGUAGAACACGACACCUCCAUUGACGCAGAAGAUAUCACUAACAAUGUAAUAAGAAUUCUCUUUCUUGGUACAUACAUUGCUGAAUUUUGUUUAAAAAUUAUGGCUUACUCAUGGUUGAGCCUUAAAAACGGUUUUCAAACAUAUUUUAAAUUGCGAAUGAACAUAAUAGAGUUCGUCAUUCUGGUUCACCUACUAAUAUAUUUGAUGGCGGAAGCAAUACUCAUGAUGGUCACUGACUUUGUAAUAAAAUUUUGGUAUGUGAGCUUGCUAUACAACACAUGGUUGUUGAUAAGGAUGACCCAGAUACUGGCGUACUUUAAGAUAGAAAAACUUUUCAAAAAAAUUGGAAAUCGCUUACUAAAGUUCCUGUGUGCCGAGUACGAGAAAAAGAAAGCUCUCGCUUACGAAUUAGGCAAGAAUUACAUUACCGGCGAAGAUGAAAUCCUGGAGAACCUUCCUCACAUGGUCGAUAACGACCGGAUCCAAGAACAACUCAGAGAAAAAAUUGAACAAGAAAAACUGGAAGUUACAACUAAACUAGGACUUCUACAGAUAGAAGCGCCUUGGGUGACUUCAACAGUGAAAACGCGGAUGGCCGUGAGAACGGUCCUCAACAGCCUGAGAGACGACAUCUUCGAACUGAAAGUAUCAGGAUGGGUUGACGACGUUGAAUGCAACAAGCUGCUCGAUGCACUCGCCGAAAAAUACAAAACCAUAAGCUCAAUAGAAAACCAGGAACCGUCGUCACCUAAACUCAUCUUCAAGGAAAUUCCCUACAUAUGCGAGAACUCACACAUUCAGCGUUACCUAUACAGCAACAUCUGCACGCGUAAAUUCGAUCCUGGGAACGUCGUAUGUAAAGAAGGGGAACUGGUGGACGGUAUUUGCAUUCUGAUUACAGGUAGACGAUCGAUCUUAAAUUUCUCGACUAUUAUAAUACGCUGUAUUACGUUAGGGAUGCUUAAAAUAAGUUAUACGCCAACCAAAGCGGUCAUCGAGAAACUGAAAGAGAUGGGUUCUAUGCCCGUCGUAGACUACCUCUGUCCCACCAGGUACGAAAAAGGCAUGGUCGAAUACGCCACUCCUGGGAAUACCCUUGGCGAACUAUCGACCAUCACCAAUCGGCCUUGCGACGGUACAGUUACUGCCGAAACUCACAGUGAGAUCUAUCUUAUAAAACGCGAAGCAAUAAAGGCCGCCAUAAAGAUGGAUCAGGACCCCGUCAGCGGGUUAGAAUGCAAAAUAUGGAAAUCUAUUAGUUUUCGGAAGGCAGUGACGGUGCUAAUGGCGGCCCCCCUUUAUCGCUCCCACACACAAGAAACUAUUCUAUAUAUUCUAGAGCGCGCCUUCCUUCCUGAUCUAUCCAACUAUAAGACUUUCGUCGUGUCCGACAUGAUACAAGACAUUCUUUUGAUCGAAGGGAUCGUUGUGGAUUUUCACACCAGAGAUCUGUACACCGCACCUUGCUAUAUUCCUAGGGCCGUUCAAAAAUUGAUGUUGCCAACGAACAGUCAUCUCAACAUCGAAAAAUCAGUACCAACGCAAUUGUUAGUUAUUCCCGCUAAAAAUAUCGACGAAUAUGACAUGAUGAUGCAAGAAGAGGAGAUGGGCGAAUUAGUGAACGCCAACUCUACCAAAUGCCUUCGCCACAUAAUCGAGAAAAAGGCCAAACAAACUAAAUAUCGUAAAGCCUCGAGGUUUAAAAGAUUGCGACAGUUAAGGAGAUCGGGUGCCAAAGGUAGUUCAAUUACAUUCUUGAGUUCGAAAUCUGCGUUUUCCAGAAUGUCAUCCAGGAGUACGAACAGAUCGAACUCCUCCGUGCAUUUCUAGUAGUAGU